UACUUCUGACGGUCCAUAGGUUGGAUGACAUCUGACUCAGCAUUAACUUUUAAGAUAUUCAGAGCCCCUUCGGACUCAACCAAGCCGUUUAACAGCCCUCUCGCUUCAAAUUCCCGGUCCAUUUCUUUCGCCGUCGGUGGUGUCUCUCUGAUCUAGGCAAUCUCUGCAUUCGGCAGUAUACGCGGUUGCGCUCUGAUUGUAUUUUGUAGUCGUUGCUUGUCUGAGCUUGGGGCUUGUGGUUUGGUGGAGCUGAAGAGAGUGAGUGAGGAAGGAUCUGAAUGGCGGUGGAGUACAAAUGUUGCGAAUCGGGGUUUUUCGUACACAUAUUCGUAAUCACACUGUUGGUGAUAUUCGCCGGGUUGAUGUCAGGGCUCACCCUGGGGCUCAUGUCCAUGAGCCUCGUCGAUCUCGAGGUCCUCGCCAAGUCUGGAACACCUAAAGAUCGCUUACACGCCGCCAAAAUUUUGCCAGUGGUCAGAAAUCAACAUUUACUGCUUUGCACCUUGCUUAUUUGCAAUGCUGGUGCCAUGGAGGCGCUUCCAAUUUUUCUUGAUGGUCUGGUUACUGCGUGGGGUGCUAUUCUGAUCUCAGUGACAUUGAUUCUUUUGUUCGGUGAGGUAAUACCACAGUCUGUUUGUUCUCGAUAUGGUUUAACAAUCGGCGCAGCAUUGGCUCCAUUUGUCCGUGUUCUUGUUUGGAUCUGCUUUCCUGUUGCUUUUCCAAUCAGCAAGCUAUUAGACUUUCUGCUGGGACAUGGGCAUGUAGCUCUUUUUCGCAGAGCUGAAUUGCAAACACUAGUAAAUUUUCAUGGCAACGAGGCUGGAAAAGGUGGAGAGCUGACGCAUGAUGAGACAACAAUUAUUGCUGGAGCACUUGAGCUUACUGCAAAAACGGCUGGUGAUGCCAUGACUCCUAUAUCUGAAGCAUUUGCAAUCGAUAUCAAUGCCAAGCUUGACAGGGAUUUGAUGAACCUAAUAUUGGAGAAAGGGCAUAGCAGAGUGCCUGUUUAUUACGAGCAAUCUACAAACAUAAUUGGACUUAUAUUGGUCAAAAAUUUGCUAUCGAUGCACCCAGAAGAUGAAGUGCCAGUGAAGAGCGUCACCAUACGCAGGAUUCCAAGAGUGCUAGAGACUUUGCCCCUGUAUGACAUAUUGAACGAGUUUCAGAAAGGUCACAGCCACAUGGCUGUUGUGGUGAGACGGUGCAACAAGGUAGUCGAGUCGUCCCCUAACGACCCUCCUGAAAAUUUAAAAGAAGGUCAAGUGAAAGACGUGAGAAUAAACAUUGAUGGUGCAAAGAGCAAGAGAGCACUCCAGAAGUGGAAGAGCUUUCCUAAUAGGGGUGGCAAUAACACAUAUAAGGGUGGCUCUAGGAGCAAGAAGUGGACAAAGGAAAUGUACUCUGACAUCCUGCAGAUAGAUGGCAAUCCACUCCCAAAGCUCCCUCAAGAAGAAGAAGCUGUUGGCAUAAUAACGAUGGAAGAUGUCAUUGAAGAACUUUUACAGGAGGAGAUCUUUGACGAGACAGAUCAUCAUUUCGACGAUUCCUGAUACCAGUCUUGCUAUAAGAAAUCUGAACCACGGCAGUACAGAUAAUCACGAAAAAAUUUGUUCAGUUAUAUAUGUUGUGGCAGUUGGACUAUCAGAAUGUAGUAAUUGUUCAGCAUGUAUAUAUAUGGCUUUUAGGGACUCGCUUGAACUGUAUCAAAAGCUCCUUGUCAACCUGGUUGACGAAACAAGGAAAAUUUUACA